AUGCAGGCCUCCGAGGAUGCACAGAUUGACCUGGGCAAGGCUCAGGUCAUUGACCGUACUCCCAAAAUCAUCAAGGAGUUGAAAUUUGGUGUAUUAACAAAGAACGAUAUUGUUGAGCAAGCUGCGGUGGAAGUUUCAGAUAGAAAAUUUUUCGACCUUGAGAAUGGCAGAAAGGUGGUUUCCAAUGGCCCUCUCGAUACACGCAUGGGUAUUUCAGGCAAAGUUGCAAUCUGUGCGACUUGCGGCCUGAACUCGAAGGAUUGCAAUGGUCAUUUCGGCCAUGUGCGACUGGUUUUGCCAGCUUUUCACGUUGGUUACUUUAAGAGGGUCAUCGGCAUCCUACAGGAAAUCUGCAAAGAAUGCUCACGCAUUCUCCUUCCGGAGAACGAGCGUCGGUCCUUCCUACGAGAAAUGAGACGUCCUGGCCUGGAUAACUUGCGACGAAUGCAGAUUGCGAAGCGAAUCAACGAACGGUGCCGGAAGACUCGCGUAUGCGAGCACUGCAAUGCGAUCAACGGUGUUGUGAAGAAGAUUGGUACGAGCGCGCUGAAGAUCACACACGACAAGUUCCGUGCUUUCAAUGCCUCUACAUCGGUCAAGAAGCAGCCGCCGCUUAGCAAGACGGUAUUUGAUGAUUCCUUUGCCGAAGUGCGAAAUUCGAACACCGAGGUCGAAAAACAUUUCAAGAAAGCACAGGAUGACCUGAAUGCCUUGCGAGUGCUCAAGUUAUUCCAAAAGAUUUCGGACAGUGAUUGUGAACUUCUGGGAUUGGAUCCCAAAGAGGCUCGACCGGAGAUGUUCCUGUGGCAGUAUAUUCCGGCUCCGCCCGUUUGUAUCAGACCUUCGGUGAUUCAAGAGGCCGCGUCUACUGAGGACGACUUGACUGCGAAGUUGGGUGAUAUUGUGCAGAGUAACAUCAACCUCAAGAACUCAUUGCUCAAAGGAGCCCCAGUCCAGACCAUCAUGGAAUGCUGGGACUAUAUGCAACUCCAAAUCGCAGUCUACAUCAACAGUGAUGUGCCUGGUCUCAACAAGGCGGAUCUUGGCAAACCCAUUCGCGGAUUUGUGCAACGACUGAAGGGAAAGCAGGGUCGCUUCCGUGGAAAUUUGUCUGGAAAGCGUGUUGAGUACACCGGCCGAACGGUCAUUUCGCCCGACCCCAAUCUUCGAGUAGAUGAGGUUGCUAUUCCGGAGCUGGUUGCCCGAAACCUGACAUAUCCCGAGGUGGUAACACGAUACAACAAGGAAAAGUUGCAAGAGCGAGUGCUUAAUGGAACGAACAAAUACCCCGGUGCGAGAUACUUGAUCAAAAAGGGCUCGAUAUGGCAGACGAACUUGAAGUAUGGCAAUCUAAGGCAUAUGGCCAACCAACUCCAAGAAGGUGAUAAGGUCGAGCGUCACCUUGAAGACGGUGACAUCGUACUCUUCAACCGACAGCCGUCCCUCCACAAGCUCAGUAUUCUAUCUCAUUUUGCCAAGGUUCGACCGCAUCGGACAUUCAGGCUGAACGAGUGUGUCUGCAACCCUUACAAUGCCGAUUUCGAUGGAGAUGAAAUGAAUCUACACGUCCCACAAACGGAAGAAGCGAGAGCAGAGGCAAUGGAGCUGAUGGGUGUGAAGAACAACCUGGCCACGCCUAAGAACGGUGAACCCAUCAUUGGUGCUAUUCAGGAUUUCAUCAGUGCUGCUUAUCUACUAAGCAGCAAAGAUAAUUUCUACGACCGUCGGUGCUUCUCUCAGAUCUGUCUCUAUAUGUUGGGUCCCGAGACGCGAUUUGAUCUGCCCCCGCCAUCAAUUAUGAAACCAGAGAUGCUCUGGACUGGCAAGCAAGUCUUUAAUAUUUUGAUGCAUCCCAACAAGGAUGACCCCGUCUUGGUCAAUCUCGAUGCAGCAUGUCGACAAUUCAAGCAACCAAAGGACGGAAUGCCCAAAGACCUGGAUCCAAACGAUUCCUGGCUGGUGAUUCGUAACUCAGAAGUCAUGUGUGGUGUCAUGGACAAAUCUACUGUCGGUGAUGGUAAAAAAGACAAUGUGUUUUACAUUAUGCUUCGAGAUUAUGGUCCUGCUGCCGCUGCCCAGGGUAUGAACCGUCUUUCCAAGUUGUCGGCCCGCUGGCUCACCAACCUUGGCUUCUCCAUCGGUAUUGCGGAUGUGUGGCCCAGCGCAAGGCUUGUCCAGUCUAAGAAUGACUUGGUCGAAGCGGCCUACGCAGCUUGUGACGAAGUCAUCGCUCAAUUUAAAGCUGGCACCUUGGAGAAGUACCCUGGCUGUGAUGAGUUGCAAACAAUGGAAAACCAGCUUUCUGGUAUUCUCAGUAAGGUUCGUCAGCAAGCUGGUGACGAGUGUAUUGCACAGCUUAGCAAAUACAACUCGCCUUUGAUCAUGGCCACGUCCGGAUCUAAGGGUUCUAGUAUCAACGUGUCCCAAAUGGUGGCGCUUGUGGGUCAACAGAUUAUUGGUGGCUCGCGUGUCCUGGAUGGUUUCCAAGAUCGUACCCUGCCUCAUUUCCCGAAGAAUGCACGUCAGCCUCCUUCCAAAGGUUUCGUUCGCAACAGUUUCUUUUCGGGUCUUACCCCUACUGAGUUCAUUUUCCACGCAAUGUCCGGUCGUGAAGGUCUGGUCGAUACUGCUGUUAAAACGGCCGAAACUGGUUACAUGUCUCGUCGGUUGAUGAAGUCCCUUGAAGAUCUCUCUACGAUGUAUGAUGAUACCGUACGAAACUCCUCUGCAGCGAUUGUGCAGUUCCAAUAUGGUGACGAUAAGCUGGAUCCUUUGGACAUGGAAGGUAAAGCCAGGCCCGUCCAUUUCGAGCGAACAUUCAUUCACUCUGAGUCAACCACAUACAACAACUACGAACGGAGUUUGCUUCCGGCUGAAAUCGCGCAAGUUUGCGAAGAAAUGCUUGGCAAAGAACGCGCUAAGUUGGUACGCAAGGACCUCAUGGGCAAUGAGCUGGGCUACAUGGAUCGCAGUGACCACGGAGUCGAUCAGCUUGAGAGCGCACGUGAUUUCUUGGACUCCAUCCAAGAAUAUGUGGAUGCGAAGGCUGAGAAACUGAUCAAUCUGGGUGGUGACAUCAAUCCGAACGACGAAAGGAGUCGACAAGGCCUGGACCAUACCGGAAAGUUGACAGAGACCACUUUGCGUGCUUUCAUCACUUCCUGUCUCACAAAAUACCGGAGAGCUCAAGUUGAGCCUGGUCAUGCCGUGGGUGCUGUUGGUGCUCAGUCCAUUGGUGAGCCAGGUACCCAAAUGACCCUGAAGACUUUCCAUUUCGCCGGUGUCGCUGGUAUGAGUAUCACGCAAGGUGUUCCUCGUAUUAAGGAAAUCAUCAACGCCUCCAAAGAGAUCAGUACUCCCGUUAUCGCCUGCGAACUAGUCAACAAGGAGCACAUGGCUGCAGCACGUAUCGUGAAGGGUCGCAUCGAAAAGACGUACCUGCGAGACAUCAUGCGCACUAUUACCGAAAAUUGGACAGGCAGUCAUGCUUAUGUCACCGUUAAGAUCAACCUCCAAACGAUUUCUGAUCUCAAACUCGAGUUGGAUGUAAGAAAAAUCGCUCAGGCAAUCAAAACCCACAAGCGCUUCAAGGGUGCAGAUCUCACAUUCCGGGUUGGCACGUCUUCCAUUCGGAUCUUCAUGGACAUGGACCCGGCCACCAAGACGGGUCUGUCAAAGACAGAGGUCGCCGCCACAAGUCUCGACCCCUUCCUGCGUCUCAAACAUCUUAAGCGAAUGUUGCCCGAUAUCCAAAUUCUUGGACACGCCCGUGCCCAACGUGCUAUUAUCCGAACAGACGAGACCUCAACCUCUAACACCCUAUUGGUGGAAGGCUACGGCUUGAAAGACUGCAUGACCACUGUUGGUGUGGAUGGUCUCCGCACAAGGACUAACAAUGUCAUGGAAGCACGUGAAGUUCUUGGUAUUGAGGCAGCACGAACUACAAUUGUUGUCGAAAUUAGUGAAGUCAUGAAGGACAUGAACAUCGAUCCUCGUCACAUGCAACUUUUGGCUGACGUUAUGACAUACAAGGGCGAGGUUCUGGGUAUUACUCGGUUUGGUCUGGCCAAGAUGCGUGAUUCUGUUCUUCAGCUCGCUUCAUUCGAGAAGACUGCUGAUCACCUCUUUGAUGCCGGUGGUGCUGGCCGUACCGAUCUGAUUGAAGGUGUCUCUGAAUGUAUUAUUAUGGGCAAGACCAUUGGACUGGGAACUGGUGCCAUGGAAGUUGUGCGCAAGUUGAAUUUCUACGAAGGACAGAUCGGCCCACGGAAGACUGUCUUCGAAGAUGCCUGGACCGAGCUCUGCGAGGUACCUCAGGUGAAGAAAUUGAAGAAGCGGGUCAGGUAG